GAAGAAAAAGUAGGACGAAAACCGGAAACAACGUGAAGGUCCUUGAUGAUGGUUGGAGUUGCUACGUAAAUAGUAGCCGACAGUUCCAUUUUGUAAUCUGAAGUCUAAUAAAAAUGGGCGUAAAAAUAGAGCUGUUUAGAAUGACGCUCUAUCUGUCCUUUCCUGUUGCCAUGUUCUGGAUUUCCAAUCAAGCAGAAUACUUUGAAGAGUAUGUAGUAAAAAGGAAGAGAGAGAUCUUUCCCCCAAACGAACUACAUAGAAAGGAGCUGGAAGACUUCAAAGAGAAAAUGCGGGUUCUAAAGGAGCAACAGAUCCUAAAAAAAAAGGCUGCAGAAUCACAAAACUAAGAACUGGGGUGCAAAAGUGUAUGGAUUAUCGAUUCCAAACUGCAGAGUUGACACAUCUCAGAAAUAUGCUGUUUUUAUUGAGAAUGAAUAAUUCUUAAUGUGUAAUAUUCUAUUCAACAUUGAUUCACACAAGACCUUUUAAGUACAAUGUGUCCUGGGUUGUGAGAGACUGAAUAGCUGUGAUGCCCCUGGGUCUUUUUUGUUUGUCUAAAUGCAGAUCAAUUGCUGUAGUUAGCAAUGUCAUAAUCUUGUUAAAUUUUGAGGGGGAUUUGAUGUAACUGCUAUGAUUUAUGUAGUACCUGUAAAGUUUCUUUAUGUAUAUUCCUUGGUUUUUCACAGCAGAAUUUGUGUCAAAGACCAAUAGUUGUAUUUAAUCUCAAGCUCAAACAGAAAAGACAACACAUGUAUUGAAAUUGUUGUAAUAGUUGUGUGGAUUAAAAUUGUAACAGCACUGGUAA